ACGGCGACGUCCUCGGCCGCAAGCUCAACUCGCAUGCACAGACGCGCCUACCUGGCUCUCCACACGCAGACGAGCUCAACACGGUGCAAUUUUCUUCAACACGCGGGCUGGCUCCUCUGCUUCUGCCUCUAUAUAGCCCGAACUCCACAGUCGACGGACACUGCAUGCGCGCCGAGAACAUCCGCAGCCAGUCAGCUAGCUAGGUUCCCGGUUAGGCGCGGCGAGCUAGCGACGACGAGCCCCGGAGCCCGCCCACAUGUCCCCCGGCGCGCGCUCCCGAAAGAUGGAACACGCGCUGCUCGCCGCACUCCUGGCGUGCGCGCUCGCGUCGGCCGGUAGCGCGCAGCCGGCGGAGCCGGGGCAGGGGGGCUAUGACAACGACGUGGCCGACCAGGAGAUGCGCGUCAGCACGACCAUGGUCGCGCUGCUGGCCGCCGUCGUCGCCGUGUUCUUCUUCAUCCUCGCCUCCAUCAUCUACCUCCGCCACUGCACCGGCUACUCGUACCCCCACGCCCCGCGGCCGGACGACUCCCGCGGCUCCGGCCCCGGCGCCGGCUUCUCGAGCUUCAUCGCCAGGCGGCAGCAGCGGCGGGCGGCGACGCGCGGGCUCGCCGCCGAGGUGGUCGAGGCGUUCCCCACCAUGCGCUACGCGGAGGCCAAGGCGCUGCGCGUGGGGAGGAAGGCGGCGCCCCCGCUGGAGUGCGCGGUGUGCCUCAGCGAGUUCGAGGACGAGGACAGGCUCCGGCUGCUGCCCAAGUGCAGCCACGCCUUCCACCCGGACUGCAUCGGCGAGUGGCUCGCCAGCCACGUCACCUGCCCGGUCUGCCGCCGCAACCUCGACCCUAGCAAGGACGGCGGCAGCGACGACGAGGCGAGUAAGCCCCCGGUGCCGGAAGCCAACAGCAGCUCCAGCGAAAUCACCGUGGUACGCCACCACCAAGCAGACAGCGGCGCGCGACCAGCGGCCGUGGUCAUCGACGUGGUGACGGAGGAGGAGGCCGAGCAGCGCAGGAAGGAGGCGAUGGAGCUGCAGCGGAUAGGGACCCAGCGGCGCGCGAUGCGGUCGGGGUCGCGGCCGGCCGGGACGAAGGCCGCGAAGCUUGUCCGGUCGUACUCCGCCGGCCACUCCCUCGCCGUAGUCCGGCUCGACCGCGACCUGGAGCGGUUCACGCUGUGGCUGCCGGAGCACGUGCGCAGGGAGAUGGUCGCCGCUGCCGGGGAGCAGAGCUCGUAUCGUCGCGCGCAGAGAGCCGGCAGAUGGCCAUCGUUCCUAAGGUACACCAGGACGUUGUCGGGAAGGUUCUUCUCGACGCCGAGGAGAACGGAAAGCUCCGAGGGAGGGGAGGCGUCCUCGUCGUCGUCGACGAGGAUUAGAGGGAAGCGCGUGGCCGCCGUCGAUUUCCUCGAAGGUUCUCCUCUGGGCGGCGGCGUGUCUAAUGCCAAGGUCGGCUCUGUGGCCGGCGAUGUCGACAAGGCAGCUAGCCGGCAGGUUCGAACGUAGAAAAGAAACGGGACUUUUGAAUCUACUAGAAGCGGUGUUCUUCCACGCAUGCGGGGAAUCUGUCUGUGCUAUUAAUCCAAGAAAGAGACUGUAAUCACCGCAUGCAGAAUGCUCAAGGAGCCCUGUGGAGGCACCUGAAUUAUUUUUUUC